AUGUCCAACUACUCCAACUCUUCCACAUCUCCUUUCAGACAAGCCUGCCUUAUCCCAACUCCAUCUGUUCCGACUCAACCCUCCGUUUCCAUCAAAAUCUUCCCUCCAUUCGCCGAAUUCAUUGAUUUUGGCGGCGCUUCUCGUCACGUUCUGACAAAUGAUGGCACGUGUCGAGUCGUUUUCAAGGUCAAAUGCUCCAACAAUCUCGUUUUUAAAGUGUCACCAGUAUAUGCUUUUUUAGAUCCCGGUGCCACUGCAGAACUUCAAGUUCUCCGACGAGAAGGACCACCGAAACACGAUAAACUAAUAAUUUUGCUCAAAGAAGCCAAAAAAGGCGACAAAGACGCACGGGUAACCUUCACCGAUUCAACACAUACCGUUCACAAACACAUUCUGCCGCUUCUCACGCGAAUAGUCGAGGAGCAGUGA